AUGGAGGCGCGGCAACAAGGGGCACCAGCGGCGGCGUCGAGGGCGCUGUGGGGGCACGAGCACCUCCCGCUUCUGGCGCGCGCGCGGUCCAAGGACUCGGUGGAGUACAUCCUGCAGGCGCUCUGGCGCACCCGCCGCACCGGCCUCGACGCCGCCGACCGCGCCGUCGUCCGCGACAUCCUCCAGAUCUCCACCGACUCCGAGAUCGACCCCCUGUUGGUGUGCCUCAGGAUACUCAUCCGCAGGUGUGUCCAUGAAAACGUAGCAAAGGACGACAUCGCGAAGCUCUUCCCCGAGGAGGUGCUGCCCGAGCUGAAAAGGUUGCUCAUUCUGCUUCUGCACAAGUUUCAGCCCCAGUGGCGACAGGACGCCUCCAAGGAUCAGGCAUCUGCGGAAAAUCCGGGAACAACAAAAGGCAAUUUGAGUACAAAUCAAGACGUAUCAGAGCAACCAGCUAUUGCAGAGCUUCACGGUGUUGCAUCCUCAGCAAAUGCUUCAUCUGAAUCAGGAGUGAAAGAAGGGACGCUCCUGUUGGCUAAGGAUUCUUUAGACAAAAUGCUCAAGAAUAUAUACCCAGCCAUGGGCCAAGUGUCCAAUGUUGGUAAUGCCAACGGGCAUGGAGAAGCAGCUAGAAGCACUUAGGAAAUGAUGGACUUUUCUUUUUAACUCUGAGAAGAUUUCAGUUGUAAAGCACUUGGGAAAUGAGGGAUUUUUAUUUAGCUCUGAGGAGAUUUCAGCUGUAAAGCACUUAGGAAAUGUAUCUGUUUGAAGUACGAUUGUGGGUG